GUGACCCAGUGUCCCAACUAUCUCCACGGUUCAAGUGGGGGAUUACUAAGCAACAUGUGCGGAACAAAGCGCCGAAUAGCGCACACACUUUAAAAAACACUUAAGACCACCAAAAACCAGGCCGCCAAACCCAAAUACCUCUUUUCAUUGGCCGGCCUGCUCUUUGUUUCCGCCAACAUGGUGGACUGUAAAGUGCAUAGCAAGUGCACAUGCACACACAUUGAACCUGCUGUCCAUCCCACCCAUUGUGGUCGGAAUGUUUGGUUGCGCGCUCUCCGUCGAAACCCGCGCGCUCCUUUGUUCGGGGCCACAGUCUCCCCCUCCUCAAGCCCCCCCCCCCCCCCCCUCUCUAUGCCGUGCACGGGGAGGGGUCGGCUGGGGUUAUUGACAUCUGUGGCUGACGGCUUCCUUCGGGGUACGGCGACACGCUGCGAUACGCUGAAUGGGUAUUAGCGGACAUUAGUCAAAGCACUUGGAAUUAAUGAUGUGUUCAGACUAGUGGUAUGCUUUGGGCUGGAAGCUCAUAGGGCAGCGGCGGAGAACCGAUGAUCCGCCCGAGGGCCACGUUCUGUCAUCGCACAUGAUGAAAGGCUUGUUAGUUGAUAUUAGGUCGGUUUCGUGUAUAUCCUUUUCAAAGGGUUAACUUGUUUCUAUUUCGGAUUAAAUUAUUCAUCCUUAUUUUUUUAUCAUCCUUAAGUUGUAGUGCCAUUCUAAUUAUAUUUGGCAGUUUGAUUCCUAUAGUGGCAAACAUAAAUGGUUUUAUGAUGUUAGGGUUUGUAUUACUUGGCUGUUGUCAAACCGUAUAACUUGAAUGCAUAAUUAAUUGAGAGAAGCAACAUUUCUAAAUUAUAAAUGAAUUGAGAGCUCCAGAAAAUGCUUAAAUUGACCAAUCACAGCGCUUGUCUUGUCUGAUGUGUCGUGCGGUAUGAUUGGACUGUUUCAUCUCUGCAAUGGAAGUGCCCGGAAGUUUACUUUGGAAAAUGUUGGGAACGCCUUUGGAAAACCUUCAGAUUGUAUCGGCGUUCCCAUCCCUGCAAUAACUGGACCCGCCCAAAACUGCCUUAUCUUGUGGAUGCGUUACCAGGAAACAGAGUUCUGCUCUUUAAGGUCCCCGUGCCGACCUGGGGUGAAGCCUGCCGCGAUCGAGGCCCCAAGGCACCAUGGGAUAGCGCUGGAAAGGAAUGCGGCUUUAAAAGGUCCUUGGAGAUCUCUCCUGCGGCCAGCUAAGUGUCCCUCAUGACCGGUGGAGAAUGGUACAGCUCCUUGUCCCCUCCCCAGAGUAAAUACUCCCCCCCCCGACCACCAGCAGCACCACCACCACCCCAGCUCCCGCUAUGUACCCAGGUGGGUGUCGACAGCCUUCCCCAAGCCUGAGAAAACAUAUCAUACACGCGAAAUAGAGACCAGAACCCCGUCAAAGGGGGAACCAGCCUCUACUCUUUCCUUUCCUGUGUUUUCAAAGCCCCCCACACCGAGAGUGGGGGGCUAGAGUGGGGGGGGGGCAUGAAAGAUUUCAAUUGGGUUACACUGCAGCCGUGACGGCGUUCCACACGUCCACACAAGGUCUAGGCUUCGCUACUGCCGCACUGAAACCUGCUGUUUGGAAGGAAGGACAACAUACACAUGAUCCACAAAAUCAGGGCUCUCUUCAGCCACAAGAAGCGGACCCUGCUCCAUUCAUGAAGGGGAAGCUGAGGGCGGGAGAGUGGCCAUCAUGAAGCCACUUACGCUGGUGGUCGAGAGAGGGAAGCAGGAAGAGCCCACGGCAGGCCAGCACAACAUGUCCUUCAAUCAGCCUCGAUGACAUUUACAAUCCCAUUAGAGCGGUAUCAUGACCACCACUGUCGGCCCAGCAUGGGGCCGUAGUGGACUGAGGUGGGGGGUGUGUGUGGUGUGUGUGUGCGCUGGAGGCUAGCUGUGUGAUAAAAUAUCAAUACGCACACGUGAUCCUCUUAAUCCUGUGUGGUUACAACACUGUAUCGAUUCACCAAGCCACGACAAUGGGCUUAUUAAUGGAGAGAUUAUGAAGUGGUCGUGUAUUGCACCGAGUUCAAUCAGAACGCUUGCUGAUGCUAAGGGUGUAUUAUGGUGUUUUAAUUCGGUUUUUGGAGUACAGAAUUGUGAGAAAGGAUUGUGGUUUGUUUUUGUGGCGUCAUGAUGAACCUUUUUUUUAAGGCUGUCUCUCAAGUCAUCUCAUGGCAGUAAAAGGCUGCUGAGAUGCUGCACGGUACUAUUCAUUUAGCAAGCGCUUUUAUAAUCCAUAGACUUGCAGUGAAUUUAGAUGACAUUGAGGAGGAGGUAGACGCUGGCAGACGUCUUAGUUGAAGAUGCAAAAACCAGCUGCAGCCAUUGGGGAUGGAACCCAGUACCUUCCAGCGAGCAGGUGAACUCCCACUAGGAGACUAUCCUGCAGCCAAGAGUGUGGCACUACCACGAUGAAUAAUUAGUUAGCGAUAUGAACCCUGGUUACAUAGAAUAACCCUAUUCUUACCAAACACAGCCUUAUUGGAGGCCAGUCUAGCUGUCCUAUACCAGCCAGGCCUUGGUCCAGUGCCCCUCCCCCCCCCCCCCCCCGGGAGUAGACACUGUCCGGUGGAGGUCGAGGGUGGGCCCCUGACCCUCCCGGGCUCCUGGGAGGAUGAUUAACGCGGGGCCGAGACCCACGGUGCGAUAAGAGGGGGGGCGAGCGUCCCAGCAGCCGGAACCCGGUGUUUAGAGGGGGGAUUCCUCCCAUUCCUCCGAGCCAGCCAUGCCACUCUGAUCCCCCUCCCCAGCCCUGAUGGGCCGGCCCUCAGGGCCCGGAAGGACCCUGGGGGCCGCGCUCCAUGGCCUGAUAAGCACCUCGAUGGCUGACGGGUCCCGGCAGUGGGUUACGUAACGGGAUUUGAUUAAAAAAAAUAAAGUGCUAUUUUUCAUUUUCUUAGGAAAAAGUGGAAAUGUCCCAAAGCUAUGUACCAAAUGUACCAAAUGAUUUAUUUAACAUUAGGAUAAAUUAUUACUAAAAUGUCAGUAUUUGGGGGCUGAUAACUAAUGCUUAUUAAUUGUUCAUUAAUUUACCCAUAUUGUAGAGUGUUUUACCGUAUUUACAUAUCUUUAGAUAUUAGGAAUAGAAACCGACUAACUAAGGGAGUUUGGGAACACAGAGGUGAUUAUUCUGGGUAGAUAUUUUAUUGGGGUCACUAAUCCCUGGUGGAUAUCCCAGGUUUAGAGGAUAACCACCAACACCGCGUGCCCCAAAAACCCCUCUGGACAACACACACAUACACGUACACACACAGAAUGUGCUAAUCUGUGUGUUGAUCUGUCUGGAACAAAGCCACACAUUGCAUCAACUCUAUAAAUGUACCUAAGAGACAGCGGGGGAAACUAUUCCCAUCUAUUCCUUCUUAUUCUCCUUGGUUGAUAGAACCAAACCAUGUUUUCAGAAACAUGCUCAUUUGACACUUUGUCAACAUAAAAAUGGGUAUAAUCUCAUACUUAUUUUUGAAUCUUGAAAACAGAAUUAAACCCAAUAAGUCCUCCUCCGACAUUUUGUUGGCAUAAACAUUUCCUGUUUUUUUUCUCAUUUAUAAGAGAGCUUGACAAGCAUUUCCAUAGCCCUGUUCAUUUGAAAACAUGUUUGUGUUGUCAGUGAUGGGGUUUCAAACUUGAAUGUGGAAAGGCGACCAAAGCACUAUGUCAUCUACAUGUGUGAGAACCAUGAGCACUUUGGAGGAGCAGACGGACCACAUGAUACCAUGAAGUCAAGCCUGCAGGCCCUGAGCUCCUCGCUGCUGAGUGUUCUAGCGUUCCUUCUCAUCCCAGAAGGUGUGAUGUCAUCAGCCCCGACGCCGCACCUGAGCCACACUUCCUGGAACUCUGAUAUCUCUACGGCAAAUGCCCUCCCCUCCCCCAGCCCCCCUCCCCCUCCCCGUCCGGACUUGCAGCAGGAGGGUUCCGGGGGCGUGGCGUUCUUAUCCGGGCCUCAGGCUCCGCCCACGCACGCCCACGCGGUCCGGGGUAUGAAGAGCCCAGACCGCGUCUCCAGUGAAGCCUCCGCCAGAAGAGGAGGGGCACAGGGGGGUCCCCAGGGCGUCUCCGGGGGCCCCGCAGGGCUGCAGAGGCCCAGCGUAGAGCAGCCCACCCAUACGGCCAGUCUGGAGGUCUGGAGGGACGGCGGGGGGUCGCUGCCCCCCGGGGAGCCCCGGCACCACAGCAUCACCUCCCGGGAGGUGCACGCCAGCACCGGCGAGCCCCCCACCAUGGGGCUCACUCCCCUCGUCCCAUCGGCAGCCUCUCCUCUCGCGACACCCGAGUCCCUCCCUGUCACCACUCCCCCGCCCCCCGCCACCCCGCUGGCCACCGCCGCCGCCGCGCUAAUGAACCCCGCCCCGGCCAAUGACAGCCUCGCACCUCAGCAGGCCGCCGCCGGCGGUAACGCCACGGACGCCCUCGUCCCGUCGGCGGCGGCGGUGGCGUCGCCGGCGUCGCUGGGGAACGCCACGACGCAGCGGGGGCCGCCCGCCGACGGCGGCUCCACGGUGGGGCCGGCGUCCACCUCUCCUCCCCCUCCUUCGGCGCCUCCUUCACCGCGGGGGGCGAACGGCUCGGAAGAGGAGCCUCCGUCCACGGCCAGCGGGAGUUUCCUGAACCGGUUGGUACCGGCCACCGACCCCUGGGUCGCCGGCGGCAACGGCUCGGAGCCCACCCUUGAGGCGCCACGGGGCCCCGGGGACAUCUGCCUGAGCCGGAUGGACCUGGUGUGGGUGGUGCUGGCCAUCAGCGUGCCCGUGGCCACCUGUUCCGUGCUGCUGACCGUGUGCUGCAUGCGGAGGAAGAAGAAGUCGGCCAGCCAGGAGAACAACCUGAGCUACUGGAACAACGCCAUCACCAUGGACUACUUCAGCCGCCAUGCCGUGGAGCUGCCCCGCGAGAUACACACCCUGGAGAGCGAGGAGCAGGACACCUGCUUGCCUCCUAAUGGGGACUACAGUGGCAGCAGUGUGGUGCUGGUGAACCCAUUCUGCCAGGAGACGCUGUUCAUCAACAGAGACAAAGCCUCCAACAUCUAGCGGGGAGAAUAACCUCGCCGCGCUACCUUUCGAGGACCUUCAAAAUAAAAGUUUCUCAGAGAACUAGAGGACCGUGAAAAUAAAAGGUCCCUCGCAAACACCUUGCUCCUUUGACACCCACCUGCUGUUCACAACUAUUUUAUAUAUCUGUAUAGAUAUAUAUGUAUGGUAAAUAUUCAGACAGACUCAACUUUAUACUACUGUAUAUUCACGAAGACGAGAGAGAAGAAAAAGCGCAAAGUUAAACAGACUAUUUGCUAUGCGCCUGCAUAUUUUUCUGAUGUACAUUUUCUACAAAAAAUGUAAUUGUUACAAGGGUUUUUAUGUCUUUUUAAAGUACAGAGUAUAUGUAGUUUUGUUUUGGUCAGUGGCUUGAUGGUAAGUACACUGUGAACGUGGCCAUGUGAACCCUGCUUUAGAGAGAAGUACGCUGUAUAGAAUCUGGUCAGUGUUCAACGUUUUAUUUGGUCCCUAAGUAAUUCCAACACAUUUCACCUGUUGAACUUGAAUUGUGCACCAACGUUACGGGCUGGGCUGGGCUAUGAUGUGCUAGAGAGGGCUUGGCUAUGAUGGGGCAGACAUGUUGAUGUAAAACGUUUGGAUGUCUUUAGUUAAAUAAAAUACAAUUGUUUUGUGACUUAACCAAGCAGCAUUUGGUGGUGGUCUGUGAUGUAGUGCCUGCAUGGCGGGAACUCCAUCAUUCACCACCCAUCUCCGUCAACACCAUCAACCCCAUCACCAUCAUCUCCACCACCACCUCCUCCUCCACCACCACACCCAUAACCACCAGCAUUACAACCACCUACAUCCUAAACCCUUCCCCCCACUUCCUCCACCACCAACCCCAUCACCACCCCCUCCUCCACCACGUGGGAGCAGAUUCAGUCCAACAAGGAGCCACAAAUCUUAGCUCAUGUAAAAUAAGUUCUCCUGUGCCUCUGUAACUGUGUGUGUGUGUGUGUGUGUGUGUGUGUGUGUGUGUGUGUGUGUGUGUGUGUGUGUGUGUGUGUGUGUGUGUGUGUGUGUGUGUGUGUGUGUGUGGAUGAAUCCUUUUUUUUUAACUGAAAUAUGUUGGAUGUGGGCGUUGCAGAAAGACUUUGCUUUGCGCUUUGCAUUUAUUUUCAUCGCAAUCUGUGUGUUUGUUCUGCAUGACUGUCCCGUCAGUCAAAGACUUGUCAGUCUUUCACGAUGUUUAUCAUUUGUGUCAUUCCUUUUGUCUGUCAUUCAGUCCACUUGUUGCUACAUGUGUGUAUUGUGGUCUGUAGAGGGACUUCUGAGCUCUAUAUAAACAUGCCUUUUAACAUCUAAGAGAGUGCAGUUCAAUAAGUACUGUUUUUAUUUAUAUAUAUAUAUAUAUAUAUAUAUAUAUAUAUAUAUAUAUAUAUAUAUAUAUAUAUAUAUAUAUAUAUAUAUCUCACUGUGAGCUCUCUCAGAGGCAGUUCAAUAAACAAGUGUUUUAUACUCAUUAGGAAACUGUCUACACCAGUUUUAUUCUGCCUUGCUGGGGGUUUCACUGGGAGAAUCUCCUGCUGUCUGUCUGCAUCUUGGCUGAAGAACCAACAACCUGUGUGGUCAGGUGUUGUCUCAAACUGAUCGAAUUAUGUGCUGAUAUCUGCUGAACUGGAUGUUCACACUCUGGCUUGUGGUGGAUUGUGGCGUUUCCCAGGGACUCGGACAGGACUUUGGGGGAGACGGGUUGUUCAAUGUGAUGUAUUUUUCUACUCUGGCAUGCACUGUACUUUUUACUGCUGAGCAAUAAAAUAUAAAACGCAGAUUAUUUUCUAAUUUAUCGUAUCAAAGAAUAAACUUUAUUGCAGAUAUUCCCGAAGAAAUGUUUUCUAUUUAUGAUCGGAUGAUGUGUACUUUCUCUUAUCAAUAUGUCAUGUAGACAGAGGGAGCGAUAGAUUGACACACAGAGUGACAGCCAGAUAGAGAGGUAGAGUGAUAGCUACAGGUGCAUCUCAAUAAAUCAGAAAAUUCUUAAUUUCAAUCAUUCAAUUUAAAAGUGAAACUCAUAAAGAUUUGUUACGCCCAAAGUGAAAAAUGUCAAGCCUUUAUUUGUAUUCAUUUUGAUGAUUAUGGCUUGCAAUUCCUGCAAACCCCAAAUUCAGUGUCAGAGAAUCUGAAUAUUGUGAAAAGUUGUAAAAAUUGUCUCUCAGUCUGGUUCAGUAGGCUUCACAAUCAUGGGAAAGAAUGCUGACUUAACAGUUGUGCAGAAGAAAUUGACAGCCCUGACAAACCCUGAGAGGAUUGUCAAGCAAAGGCCAUUCAAAAUGAUAUGGGAGCAUCACAAGGAGUGGAGUGAGGCAGGAGUCAGUGCAUCAAGAGUCACCACACAGACAUAUCCAGGAUAUGUGCUACUACAACUGUCGCAUUCCUUGUGUCAAGCCAUUCCUCAACCAGAGACAACGUCAGAAGCGUCUCAACUUGGCUAAAAGACCUAGUCUUUCGCUCAUUGGUCUGUCGCUCAUUUCAUUUUCCAGCAGGACUUGGCAUCUGCCCACACUACCAAAAGUACCAAUACCUGGUUUAAUGACCAUAGUAUUACUGAGCUUGAUUGGCCAGGAAACUCACCUGACCUGAACCCCAUAGAGAACGUAUGGGGUAUUGUCAAGAGGAUGAUGAGACACGACCCACAACAAUGCAGAAGAGCAGAAGGCUGCUAUCGAAGCCACCUGGGCUUCCAUAACACCUCAGCAGAGCCACAGGCUGAUCUACUCCAUGCCACCUCACAAUGAUGCAUGCAGUAAUUCCUGCAAAAGGAGCCCCAACCAAGUACUGAGUGCAUAUAAUUGCUAGUUUUCUGGGAUACUGG